AUGGCCUCCGACAAGCCCUUCCACGUGGUCACUCCGCUGCGGGUCAGCCCCCACCUCUCCAAAUUGGCUGGUACCAAGGUCUACCUGAAGCUCGAAAAUACCCAACCCACUGGCUCCUUUAAGAUACGAGGCAUAGGGAACUUCUGCAAAGCGAUGGCCGAAAAAGGAACCAAGCAGUUUGUCUGUGCCUCAGCGGGGAAUGCCGGCCUUGCAACUGCCUACUGUGCCAAACUGUUGGAGAUCCCGGCUACCAUCUUUGUGCCCCAAUGCACGCCAGCUUUCACUGUGGAGCGCAUGAAAGACGAGGGAGCCACGGUUUGCUGUGGGCAGACGCUGGAUCAAUGCAAGUGCACAGCCCAGGAGGCGGUAAAGAGAAACGCUGAUUGGACCUUUGUACCUCCCUUCGGCGACCCUCUCAUCAGUGAUGGGCACAAGACCAUGGUCUUAGAGAUGAAGGAGCAGAUGGGCGAGUCCAAACCUGGAGUGAUAGUUCUCUCUGUCGGAGGGGGCGGCAUGCUGUGCGGUGUGAUCCAGGGCCUCCGCGAGGUUGGCUGGGACGACGUACCCAUCAUCGCCAUGGAGACCUGGGGAGCUCACAGCUUCCAUGCUUCCUUGAAAGCAGGGGAGCUGGUGACACUUCCUAAAAUUACCAGCGUUGCUACCACUCUUGGGGCAGCUACUGUGGCAGAGGAAGCUUUGCAGCUGGCUCAGGAACACUGCGUCAUAUCACAGGUCGUCACUGACCCGGAGGCAGUGGCAGGCAUUCCAAGGUUUUUGGAUGCGGAGAAGAUCCUGGUGGAGCCGGCGUGCGGAGCGACCUUGGCAGCCAUCUACAGCGGGCUGAUCAAAACGCUGCAAAAGGAGUGCAGACUCCCCCGCUGUCUGGAGUCCAUUGUCAUCAUUGUGUGCGGUGGUAACAACAUCACCCUGGAGGAACUGGAUCGCCUGAAGGAUGAACUGUGCAUGAACCACAGAAUGAAGGAAUAUGUGGAGUGCAAGGCCGUUUUGGCAAAAUGGAACCAGGGGUCAUUCACAGCUUCGCUCCAAAAAUCCACGGGGGCAUGUGGUCAUUAA